AUGAUGAUGAUGAACCGAGUACGGGUAAUUUCAUUAGAAACGCUCUUCAAACCGAAACACAAUAAUACUUGCAAAGCUCCUUCAAGACAGAAGAAGAUAAACUACAAACGGAUAAACACAAAGGAAAUUAAAAUUGAUGUGGAACCAGGAAGCUUUUUUCAACGCCUAACUGGCGGCGUGAAAACUGGAGUUAUUCUGAAAGAUGUAUCGUUUAUUACGCACAGCGGAGAGGUUACCGCUGUUCUGGGAUCCAAAGGAAGUGGAAAACGUGCUCUUCUUGACGUGAUCAGCUGCCGCGUGCCAUCAAAAGGCCACAUUCUCCUCGAGGGUGUUCCACUGGAAGAAGAUCAGUUCAGGAACUCUUGUGCCCUCGUCCGACACUCCACGAAGCUGCUUCCAGGGCUGAGCGUGCAGCAGACACUGUCGCUGUCACUUACUAAAGUAUCCGGAUAUUUAAAGUCGUCGAAAGUAAAACAAGUGAUGGCAGAUCUAGCAUUAUCACAGGUCGCACACAAAUGCGUCACAAGUUUAACGAAAAGUGAAUAUAGAAGAUUGGUGAUUGGAGUUCAACUGAUACGAGAUCCAAUAAUAUUGCUGUUGGAUGAACCCACAUGGGAUCUGGACCCUCUCAACACUUACCUGGUUAUAUCAAUCCUUUCAAAUGUUGCCAAAAAGUACGGCACAGCCAUUAUUCUAACCAUGGAGAAGCCAAGAUCAGAUGUGUUCCCGUUUCUGGACCGCGUGGUAUACCUGUGCCUCGGAGACGUGGUGUACGCGGGACCGACGAGGAAUCUUCUCGAUUACUUCGGCAGUAUAGGGUUCCCGUGCCCUCAGCUUGAGAAUCCGCUGAUGUAUUACCUGUGUCUAUCAACGGUAGACAGAAGAUCACGCGAGCGAUUUAUCGAGUCGAACCAUCAGAUAGCAGCCCUGGUGGAGAAGUUUAAGUUGGAGGGGCAAAACAUAAUGCAGGGACACCCUAACGAGCACAGUCGCAUUAUUAACCCGAACAAGAUGCAAAUGAACUAUGAGAAGCCAGGCGGUGUUAAGAUCAUAUGGAUGUUAUACUUGAGAAUCCUGGCAUCAAUAUUUAAUGCAAAAAAGAAUGGAAUCAAGCAGAUGUCAAUGAGGCUGUUAUCACUUCCCAUUUACUUUGCGAUCCUGUGGAUCUUCUACAAUGAUGCGAAGGACUUCCAAAGAGCGUUUAUAACGAAGAGUGGUCUCAUUUUCAACGCUAUGGUGGGGACCUAUUUCAUAAGUAUUAUGAACACAAUUUGUUUAUAUGGCCCAUACAGAACCCGAUACUACCAGGAGUCUCAGGAAGGACUGUACAGCGGAGCUAGCCUCCUGCUCGCGUGGAACUUGGUGUCUCUGCCGUUCUCCUUCAUCACCACAUUCGCUUCAGCUGCUAUUAUUUACCCGAUACUGGGUGACAUCACGGAGAGUCUAGACUACAUAUACUUCGCUCUGGUGCUCUGGUCUUGCUACAUCUACGCGGAGCAACAGGCGCUGGCCAUCAUGAUGGUGGUUAAGAACGGCCUUAUCGCAUCCGUCAUCAAUAUUUACAUCACUUGUAUCUAUGUUAUGCUGGCCAGCGGCGUUUUAAGAUCCUACAAAGGCUACGAAGAAUGGCUCUUCUAUCUCACCUACAUAACCCAUACACGAUAUGCAUCAAUAUUCCUUCACCGAAACAUAUUCAAGCAGCCGACGUUUAACAUUCUACCGUACAGUGAAGAAGACAACUGCACCUCCAUAACGAACCUCAUCCAAACCACAGCAAACUUGAACACCAAUUCCAACGCCAACUGCAGAUACGCGAGUGGAAAAGCAUUUCUGACUGAGAGAUUUACCGCGAAAAACUUCGCUGGGGAUAUUUAUUUGGCAGGAGACUUCAACCCGGAUUUCAAUUUAGGAGUUUCGUUUGCCUUCUCAUUAGGAAUCAUGGUUCUUAAUAAGUUUCUGUACUUAUUACCAUUACCUGGUUAUAUUGUUGAUAAGUUUAGGGAAUAGGAAUUGGUAACUCCGUUUUUUUUUAUAAAAAACGAAGAACUACCUCUAAGUUUUUAGUUCUUAACUAAAAGCGAAUUAAAACGUAAUAAAAUAUUAUGAUGCGUAGUCGCCAACAUGGACUUGGAGUUUACCAACAUAAAAUAAAAUAUCUCAACCUACUACUGUACCUAAAUAUAAAAAAAAAACUAACCUAUAUGUCUACUAUGAUUCAUAGACAUAGUUAAAAAGAUAAUUUCCUCCACUUUCAGAUUGUCUUCAACAUUCUUAUGAAUAGGUUAGAUAAUUUAUACGUCUAAAUAGAGAGAGGGAGAGUUAAUAAACGGCCUACUGUCAUGAGUUAUGACAGUAGGCCGUUUAUUACCUUAGUGUCAUGUCUGUGUCUGACACUAGCGGUACACCAGUCAAUAAAUAUAAUAUAAUGGACGUAGUUCCUGAAAAACGUUCCAAACCACAAACAUCACAUUUUAAGGAAUUCGUGUUUAAAGUUUAAUAAAUAUUAGUGUAUUCCAUACAUGUGGGUUGGGCUAUUAAGUCGUGAUGUCAUUUAAAGAGUGACAGUAGGGCUGCCAUUUUUUGUCAGUCCGUUUAUAUGAAUUACAUGACCAGUUUUAUGUUCUUAACUCAAUUUCAACACGAUUAUGUUUUGGAACGGUUUUAUGGAAUGACCUCCUAUUAUAAAGUACAUAUACAACGGAGCAUCGAUCAUCCGAAUGUCGCUCAACCGAACAACCGCUUCUCCGAACUACUACGCUCGAACGACCCGCGCGUGCUUUUCUCAGCCGCCCCCGCAAAUGCGCGCGCAUUUAUUUGCGUCUUGUUACGAUACUCGUCACUUCCAAGUAACCGCUACUCGACAAUCAAAAAGCCACAUGAAAGUAAACUCUCGAUUUAAAAUGCCUAAACGAUCGACGAUGAAGAUCCCGGGUACCAAAUUAUGCAGGAUUUUAAGCCUCAUGACUAAUAAGGCUGACGCCACCGCGAGCACUUCAUCAACUACAAUUUCAGUUAAUGGAGAUGAAAAUAUAAUUGUUGCUUCUGAAGCGUUUACUUAUUUAGAUAUUGUGUUGCGUUGGUUUGAAAAAAGGUAAGUGACCUAGCCGCUAGUAAGCGGGUAGGCUUGCUUCGGCAGACGUAGAUUGGAGAUUUUUUUAAGCGUUAAUUGUAUAGGUACAAUUUACUAGGGUACAAACAUGUACUAGGGUACAAACAUGUUUUACUACAAAAUUUUUCGCACAUUUCUUUGUUUAAUUCGUAAUUGUCAUUAAAGAUAUGAAUGUAAAUAUUAUUAUCAUUCACCUGUACGCAAAAUAUGUAUAUCUGUGUCAAUAUACAUAUAGGAAGUUCGAUUAUCCGAAAAUACCGGCUUUCCGAACACCCAUGUCCCCCAUUUAGAUCGGAUAAUCGACGCUCUACUGUGCACUAAAUCUACAAGUAAUUUCCCCGUUCAUUCACAACUAAAGGUUUUAUCUCAAAAUUGCCUAUCAGCCAUUAAGUUGGCAUAGCAACAUCCCAUUCUGCACGAACGCACGCCAAGUAAGGGAAGAUAUUAAGUAGUAGGAUUUAUAAAAUAAUAAUUAUUUACAAAAAUAAAACACUUAAAUUUUUAUAUGUAUAUUUGUUACAAUAUUUUAUAAAAUAAAAAUACUUAAUCAUCUUAAUGAUCACUUCAUAAUUUUUAUAGACCAAAAUCAAAAUAUAAGACUAUUAAUUUUCGUCCAAACAUGGGCCAUAGACAUUAUGUGCAAGCAGUUCAAUCAAACCACUCUAAUAUCAACUAUAGCGAUUGCUUAGCGAACCAAGAAGUUUGCUUUUUUACUUCCCAUGUUUAGACAUGUUAAAUAUAAGUUGAGGUGUGGCAUAAAAAAAAGAUAUAUUAUAAAUGAAUAUUAGCUAAUUGAAAUGCAGUUUUCAUCAAAAUUCUUCAUAAUUAUUUAUCUGUAAUCGUUUUUUUUAUAAAAUGGUAUGUAAGGCUUCAGAAUGUCAAAACUGCCUCCAUUUAUGUGCAAACUUACACUUGACAUAGUAUAUAGUUUUCCUUAGAUCAUUUAUACAUCUAGAUUUAUCUAUUUCUAUUGUUUACGAUGAAGGUGUGAAAACGUCGAAAAAAUUUAGUUUAGAACUAACCUCUAUUUUGAGCAAUGCACACACACACAAAGUGUCAUACAAAUCGCAAGUGUAAGAUGUAGCUUGUCACACACACUAAACUAAUAUUCCUGGCCUGUUUUUAUUGGUUGUCUAACAGCGAGAGACUCUAUUUAGAUGUACAAAUUAUAUAAGGGGCUUUCUUUAAUAAUGUAUUCUCAAUCAUAGUGAAAGCAAUAAUAUUUUCACACAAAAUUUCAAUAUUUUAUUGGUAAGUGAAUAUUCCCGAUUGUGAGUCAUGUUCAUUGUCUGAUGCUACUGCUAUCUCCUCAGCUGAAACAUUUAAUUAUAGAAUUAUUUAUAGAAAUUUAUUAUGACAGAAUAAUAAUUAAAUAUUAAUUAAUAUACUUACUUCCAUACAA